AACACUACAACCAUGUCUCAGGGUAACUUCUUGCAUCUUGUCCGCCCAACUCAACCGGGUCCCCAAGUCUCUCCAGCGCCACUUUCGGUACAGAUCACAUCCGUCGCAUACCACGAGCUUUUGGACACCUGUUUGCGCAGCAAUGAGAACGAAAACAACCGCGUGAUAGGCACUUUGUGCGGGUCGCGUCCAACCGACGGGGUUGUUGAGAUCGGUCAUGCGUUCUACGUACCACACUACGAACCAGAGGAUAAGGACGAAAUCUCCAUCGAAAGCGACCACCAGAAGCUUGAGUUCCAGUUAUACAAGAAGGCCCACCAGAAGAAUGUAGUUUUGGGCUGGUUCAGUACCACCACCGAUGCCCAAAACGACAUUUCCAGCACAACCGGGUUGAUCCACGACUUCUACAACAAGGUGUCACUCGAAAACGGCUCUGGCGCCUUGGCCCCAGGCAUCCACAUCACCUUGAAUUUGGCUGCCGGUGUUCCACAGUUGACUGCCUACACUGCCAGCACAAUUGGUAAGGCUAGACCGGGAAACUCAAACUACUACUUCACACCAGUGCCGUGCGAGAUUGUUUACAGUGCCAGCGACGCCCAGGCGUUGAGCUGGAUUGCCCUGGCCGCCGACCAGGACGUGGCUUUGCCAUCGGGUGACGUUGAAGUGGCCCAUGUCAAUGCCAACGCCAAGCAAUUGGAGGCAUUGGUGGAUUCCUACUUGGCUUAUGUUAGUAAGGUUGUCAGCGGCGAGAUCCAGGGCGAUGAUAAGUUGGGCAGAGCCUUGUUGAAGGAGUUGUCCGGGUCGUCUGGGUUGGACUCCGCGGUUUUGGCGCAGAAGUUUGAUGCGCAUGUUGAUGAUUUGUUGAUGGUGGAGCAUUUGUGUGGAGUUGUCAAGCAACAAUUGGAUUUGAGUGUGAAGUUGAGUGCCAACUUUAAGGCUUAAGCGAGCGAGCUAAGGUGAGCCGUGGUGAUGAUUACCACGGCUUUGGCUGCCAAAAGGCGUAUAUAUAGCCUUUUGGUGAGUACUUUUGUAAAUUAAGGAAGGUUAGUCAUUCCUACGAAUGAAAAUUUGUUCAUGUUUCUGG